AUGGAUCUGCAGAUGCCGUUAGUUGAUGGGGCAUUGUCCACGAAAAUGAUUCGCGAGUACGAGAAAGCGCUUGUCGAAAAAUUGAAACACAUUCGCUCAAGAGUUCCAACAAUAGCUGUUUCCGCUUCACUCACCGAGGACAAGAGAUUCGAAUAUGUUCAAAGCAGUGCACUCACGGGCCUGCGCGAAACCAUUCAGGAAAGACAAAUUGGUAGGUCGCAGGCCCUACUAGACAAGGGAACAGAUGUGAAUGGGAAGGAUAUUGGAGGAUGGACGGCUCUAAUCGUAGCUGCCACAGAUGGAUGCGAGAAAAUUGUGCACUUGUUGCUGGACAAUGGUGCUGAUGUUAACAUAAGGGGAUAUGAUCAACGGUCAGCUUUGCACUGGGCGUCCAAAAUUGGGCAUGAGGCGGUUGUGCAGCUUUUGGUUGAGAAAGGGGCCGACAUCAAUGCGAGUGCGUACGGGUGGACAGCGAUGCUGCUGGCGGCCAAGAACGAGUUUAUGUCGAUCGUGUGCUUUCUAAUCCAAAAUGGAGCUAAUAUUAAUGCGGAGGAUUAUCAUGGACGAACAGCACUUCACUGGGCCGCAAAUUAUGGUAGCGAAUCGGUAUUGAAGCUGCUAGUGAAAAAGGGGGCUGAUGUUAAUGCUGUCGAUCGCUGGGGAAGGACAGCGAUGAUAUGGGCAGCUGAAAAUAUGCAAAACGCAGUAGUGGAAAUGCUGUUAGAUGUUAGGGCCGACGUUGAGGUGAAGUCUCCGUAUACUUUUGCCGCACUCCACAUAGUAACUUUUAUGGGGUGGGAGUCAGUUGUGCAACGACUGCUAGAAAAGGUAGUCGAUGUAGAGGCCGAAGCUCAAUGUUGUGAAGUUGAGGAGGAGAGUGAGGAUUAUGAAAAUGAUGCGGCAGAAAUGGCGGAGAAGCCAGUGAGCGACCUUCUACGCCCGUGGUUGUCUGACCAAAGAACGAUUUGGGAGGCACGAAGCAGUUCAUAG